GUGGUAUUUAAACACCAUGAUGAUGGCUCAUCCCCUAACCCAGUCGUAAACGAUCAGGCUGUUUCUUGGGCUCUUAGAAUAACUGACGGAAGAGGACGGGCCAGUCUUGGGUGGCGGCUUGAACUGCGCCCCUGGAGGGGACUAGGGGCAGCUGUGGUUAGAGAUAGUAAAGCCACGUGCAGGCUGGACCUUGAGCCAGGGCCCCGGUUUCCUCCUUGGCUCUUACACUGCUGAGAAACUUGAGGAGUGGAAGCAUUUAGAUCAGAUGGCCCGUGAGUGACAGCCCUACCCUGGGUUGCUAAGGCCUCGUUUGCAGCCUGCGUCUGCCAGUGCUCUGUCGUCCCUCCCUGGUGCCUCUGCUGGAGCCUUCCUGUUCGGGCUGGCGGCGCCCCCUGCCAGGAUGGCAGUGAUAAAAAAAUGAUGGAAAAGAUAACAAGAACGUUGGAGAGGAUACAGUGAAAUCGGAACAUUGUGCUUUGCUGCUGGGAACGGAGAAUGGAAAACAGUUAGGUGGUUCUUCAAAAGUUAAACAUCAGAUUACCAUAGGACCCAGCAACUCCACUCCAAAGUCUGUACCCCCAAAGCUUGAAAGCAGGGACUCAAACAAGUACCUGUGAAUAUUGCUGCUAAGAACAUGCAAGUACUAUAUCUAAAAGGAAGAAACAGCCUAAAAGUCCAUCAACAGAUGGAUGGAUAAACCAAACGUGCUGUCUCCACUCACUGGAAUAUUAUUCAGCCAUGAAAAAGGAACACAGUAACAGGAUGAGCCUCGAAAACACUCUGUUGAGUGGAAGAAGCCAGUCACAAAAGGACACACAUGUAUGAUUCCAUUAAAUGGGAAGUCCAGUGUAGGCAGAUCCCGUAGAGAGAGAAUCCUGCCAGCAAUAAGGCAAGAUGGGGAGCAGCGGGAGCCGCCUGGGGCAGAGUGUGCAUUCGCAGUUUCUUCCUGAGGAGCAGGCGGAGGUGGACCGGUUGUUCGAUGCCCUGUCAUCGGAGAAAAGCAGCGCGGCCUCGCCCAGAUCCUUUUCUCUGAAGGCACUCAAGAGCCACAUCGGGGAGGCGCUUCCCCCAGAGAUGGUCGCCAGGCUGUAUGACGGCAUGCGGGGGGUGGACCUGACGAAACCGGCGAAGGGGCCCAGCGAGAGCGUCUCCCAGGAGCAGUUCACAGUGUCGAUGUCCCACCUGCUGAAAGGGAGCUCCAGGGAGAAGAGUUUCAUGAUCCUGAAGAUGAUUUCUGCCACAGAUGGUCCCAUGAAAGCACGGGAAGUCCAAAAGUUUACAGAGGAUCUCGUCGGCUCCCUGGUGCACGUGCUGAGCCACAGGCAGGAGCUGAGAGGCUGGGCGCAGAAGGGCGCUCCCGGCCCCCCGCCCCGGGUGCAGGCUCUGGCUGUGCAGCUGCUCUCCGAGGUGAAGUUUGCAGACGGCGAGAAGCUGCUGGGGCCUGAGCAGCUGGACUAUGACUGUGACCCCGCGGUGAUCGAGGACUGGGUGUUCAGGGCCCACCUGGUGGCCACGUUCCUGAGUGUGGUCAUCCACAGGGGCUUUGGCCUGCACUGGCCCCUCGAUCUGUCCACGCUGGUCCCUGAGCGUCAGGUUGACCAGGGGCAGAAGUUUGAGAGCGUCCUGGACCUCCUGUCGGUCAUCUACGUCAACUCCCACCUGCCCAGGGAGCAGCAGCACCGCUGGCACCUACUCUUCUCGUCCGAGCUCCACGGCCACAGCUUCGCCCAGCUCUGUGGGCGCGUCCCACACCAGGGGCCCUCCGUGCUGCUCCUCGAGGACCUCGACGGCCACGUGUUUGGUGGGUUUGCCUCCUGCUCCUGGGAAAUCAAGCCUCAGUUUCAAGGGGACAACAGGUGCUUCCUGUUCUCCAUCUCCCCCAGCAUGGCCGUGUACACCUCCACGGGCUACAACAACCACUACAUGUACCUGAACCACGGGCAGCAGACCAUCCCAAACGGACUGGGCAUGGGAGGGCAGCAUCACUACUUCGGGCUGUGGGUCGACGUCGACUUCGGGAAAGGACACAGCAAGGCCAAGCCCACGUGCACCACGUACAGCAGCCCUCAGCUGUCCGCCCACGAGGACUUCCGGUUUGAGAAGAUGGAGGUGUGGGCGGUUGGAGACGCCUCCCAUUCCAAGCUGGCCAACAGCCACAAGAGCAUUCUGGAUGCGGACCCUGAGGCCCGGGCCCUGCUGGAGAUCAGUGGGCGGAGCCGCCACAGCGAAGGGUACCGGCAAGCCCCUGACCAGGAGUGAGGAGGAGCCUGGACUGAGGGGGCCCUGGAGCUGAGCGUGACCCCCUGGACAGAGCGCUCAGCCUGCAGACCUUCUCCCCAUCCUGCGGGUGCUUAGCUUUAACCUAGAGCUGCCUGUUCGUAUCCUGGACGUGCUGACUCAGGACACAGUCACCCCUCCGAUGCCAUACAUUGAUCAGUGGGUGUGACUCCCAGAAAUCCUGUGUGUCAAAUUAGCCACUUCAGUCUUGCACUUGGUAAAUUUUGUCUCACUGAAGUGCAAAGACACUGAGACACUUGAGACCUCGGUUGGAGUCAGCAUUUGAGGGGCAUGUGGGUUCUGUGCGUAGGGGAUUUGGCCCGCUCAGGGGUCACUUGGCCUCUGAACAGGCUGUCACAGUUAAAGUGCCUUGACAUUCCAUUUCGACUGGUAAAGGAGGCGUUUGCAUGGGAAUCGCGAUGCUUUUUUAUGUAUUAAUGGGGGGAAAUGGCCGAAGAUUUCGGAGACAGCAGCAGCCUGGGUCUGCAGUAGGUGUCUGUGAGGGUCCACUUCUGCCUUCUCAGCUGUUUUUAAAUGAGCCUGUGCCAUGAGCAAGUGGGAAAUGAGCGCGACAGAGAAGUUCCGUUCUGUUACUAAUCCAGUGUGGGGGCAUUUGGAGGCCCUGUGGCCUGUUUUAUAAAUUUGUGGUACCUUGGCAGCACUGGCCUGGGUUGCGGGCCUCCUGACACGCACCUGUCAGUCUCACCUCCCUGCCCAGUGCUGCUCCCACAGAGGAGGGCUGGCUCCUUUCAGACAAACCCCAUGACCCUGAAAUGCUAACGACCGCUUAGCUUAGGUGGGCUGGGCUUCCGAGCAGAGCUGCCAUCUCCCAGGCCUGAAAAAACUGUAAACACCCUAUGCAAACCCCCGCCUUCUUGGAGCUGUGGGUGCCCCUCUCAGACAUGUCACUGCAUCCUCGAGUCUUUUGCUCUGAACUUUGACCUUUUAGAAGAGCAUUUGCCCUGAUUAUAAGCCAUUGCAAACUGAGCCGUUUGCGUUUUGUAGGUUCUUCACUUUCUACCAGGAGGCUCAUCAAACUCUGCACUCAGCAGUGCCCUUGACUGAGCAGAAGGCCCUGCAGAUUAGCCUCCCAGAGAAAAGCACCCCUCAGACGGUGUGCGGAGGGGCAGCGGCGUGACACGCGCAGAUGCAGUCACGCUUGAUGUUCCUGAUAAAAAGCCAGUUUGUAAUGGCUUCUCCAGUACCUUGUGUGACUUCCUCACAGAUGGAUUAGCAGUUGCAGGACCCUGGGACCCUCAGACGUCCUCACCAUAAAUCUGAAGAAUUCGGUCUCAAAUCUUCAGUUUGUUGUGGAAUGUUCUUUUCUCUUUAUUUUUUAUAAAAUGCAAUUAAAUACCUCAUUAAUAAAAGGUCCAUUGGUGUCCGUACCUGGAG